AUUUUAAGACAGUCGUUUAUUAGCGGGAGGAGAGGGACGGACGAGAGAGAGGAGGGCAGCGUAUGAGAGAGGAGUGCAACGCGAUAACGGCAUCUCGCCUUCUCUUCUUUCCCAAGCUUUCUCUCAUGGCGUGACAGUCGCAGAAAAACUCGAAAGCCGAUCAAUCCGAGGUCUGCAUCAUUAGGUUCUUGGGUGCUUUUCGGGACGCUUACCUGAGCCGUGCAACAAGGGAGAGAGAGCCAAGACCACAGAGAGCAGGCGAUAAAACCGGAGGAGGGGCCCGCAUCUGCACUGUGGGACCGGAGCACAAUGGCGGUGUGGGAGGAGGAGGUGGAGGCACAGAAGCAGGAGGUGAACAGGAUAAAGAAAACAAGAGAGCAAAUCUUUCUCUCCCGGGGCUGUUCUCACCGCAUCCACCACUAAGAUAAGCUUACCUGCCAAAUCCCGCCACCAUGACUGCCAGGAUCUUGCUCCUAUUGGUCUUCCUCUGCCUGUGGGAGGAUCUUGGGGGAGGAGCCUCUGCCACCAAGGUUCUGAGGAGGCGAGGUUUGGGAGCUCACGUACAGGCGAGGACGGAUAGGAAGCUGGCUGACCAACGGGAUCCACACUUUGACAAAUACAAGGUGCCGUCGGCGAAGCUCAAAAGUUUUGAAAAUCGAGCCGAUGCUAGCGACGUUAACCUGAGCGUUCAAUCGAAAAUGGUCCUAAACAGCGCGGCAGCGCCUGUGUUUCGUGGAAAAGGGGUCAAAACCAGGAACUCAGAGUUUGCGCUGAAGCUGAGAGAGAGGUCCAUUUACAGCCUGGACUUAGCUGUUCAUAGCACCCUUGAGAAAGGUGGAGUUGCCCUGGACUCUGCCGAGAGCUGGAAUGGUACUCGCAACACUGCCUCCUCUAAACCAGGGCAGGCAGAAGAAAAAUUCCACACUCUUCACCACAGGCACGACUUCACUCCCCGCUUUAAUCAAACCAGGUUCAAACCUCUGAUCAGGUCUAAAGAGAGACCGGACCCAUCUGUGCUCACACUGGGUCAAAGCAGAGGAUCAAAAACCCCUGAGCAACCAGAAACACUCUGGAGCACAGAGCUGAUAGGAAGUGCUGUUCCCACGGAGCAGACAGGAAGUACGGUUCCCACAGAGCUGACAGGAAGUACAGCUCCGACAGAGCUGACAGGAAGUACAGUUCUCACAGAGCUUACAGGAAAUACGGUUCUGCCGGGCGGGGGUGUGGGGGGUGAGGUGAGCAGGAGUCAGAGCAAGGAUUCGGUGACAGUGGGCGGGGCUGGUAACCCCGGGCAGGGUAGGCAGGAGAGAGAGGAAGCCACAGAUUUUUCCAGUGUGAACGCUCACACUGCACGCACGGGUUCGAGUCGAGCCUCGGAUCCGGACUCAGCACAGAGCGUUCACACCCACAGAAGAGAGGUCACAGCGGAGUCUGGAGGAGAGGUGGGGGCCGAGGUGGCGAGCAGGAGAGCGGUGCUCACCGGGGGAGAAAGCCCAGGGGAUUCUGGGUAUGCAGGACACACUGCAACGGCAUCGCUCGGCAGAAUGGCUCCUGCCGGCCGAGGCAGCCUGCGGAUCGAAAGCAGCCCUCCGCUUAUCCCGGGGAACGAGGAGGCCAGCACGACUACAGCUGGAGAGACUCUGCGAGACAACCGGAUCAGUGCCGCAGCUGUGAGAGCGAGCGGGCGGGACCAGGGAAACCACCCUCGCGCCAGGGCCCCUCUGACUCCGCCCGACGGGGAGGUGCGCACAGACGGCAGCCACUUCCUGAAGCUCCAGCCCGACUCGAAUCAGGAGCCGGGCAUCGCCACAGAGAGGGCAGAUAGCGGGGUGACGGUGGACUCCUGGCUCGGCGGCAGCAGGGGGCGGGGCCUGGUGUUCCAGGAGGCGGAAGACGGGCGGGGACAAGAAGGGGAGGAGACUCGGUCGAGGAGGAGACGGAGCUGGAUCUGGAACCAGUUCUUUGUGAUUGAGGAGUACAGCGGCCCUGAACCCGUGCUCAUCGGGAGGCUGCACACAGAUAUGGACAGAGGGGACGGACGCACUAAGUACGUGUUGCGGGGGGAAGGGGCGGGGUCGGUGUUCGUGAUUGACGAGAAGACCGGCAACAUCCACGUCACCAAGCCGCUGGACCGCGAGGAGAAGGACGAGUACCGUCUCAUCGCCACGGCAACAGACCGCCAGACCGACCGCGCCCUGGAGCCCUCCUCCCAGUUCAUCAUCCGGGUCCAGGACAUCAACGACAACCCGCCCAUCUUCGAGGACGGGCCCUACAGCGCCACUGUGCCCGAGAUGGCUAACAUAGGUACGUCCAUAAUCCAGGUGACAGCGACAGAUGCAGAUGAUCCUACCUAUGGGAACAGCGCCAGGCUGGUGUACACACUGAUCCAGGGCCAGCAGUACUUCUCUGUGGAUCCUCAGACAGGGAUCCUCCGCACGGCCGUGCCGGACAUGGACAGAGAAACUCAGGAUCAGCACCUGGUGGUCCUCCAGGCCAAGGACAUGGGGGGACACCUGGGCGGGCUGUCAGGGACCACCACAGUCACCAUCAGGCUGACCGAUGUCAAUGACAACCCCCCUCGCUUCACUCAGAGUGUCUGGUCGUUCUCCGUGUCCGAGCUGGCGGUACCGGGGGCAGAGGUGGGCCGUCUCUCGGCAACAGAUGCAGAUCUGGGGGACAAUGCCAAGCUGGAAUAUACCAUUAUGGAUGGUGAAGGGGGGGACACCUUCAACAUCACUGGACUCAACCAAGAGGCCGUCAUCACUCUGAACAAGGCGGUGGACUAUGAGGCGCGCAGCUCGUACUUGUUUGCGGUGGAGGUGCUGAACCCCACAGUGGACCCACGCUUCCUGCGGCGCGGCCCCUUUAAGGACCGCGCGUCGGUGCGGGUGACCGUCCUGGAUGCCGACGAGCCCCCCCGCUUCUCCCGGAGCCGGUACCGGAUGGAUGUUUCUGAGAACUGCCGGCCGGCCUGCACCGUGGGGCGUGUGGCCGCUGUGGACCCUGACACUGGGUUGGGCAGUGGCAUCAGGUACUCUAUCGACCCCCAGUCUGACCCAGAGGCCCUGUUUCGUAUCGCCCCUGACAACGGUCUCAUCACCACUGCGGUGGAGCUGGACCGCGAGCACAACCAAUGGCACAACAUCACCGUCAUCGCCACACAGAGAGACAGCCCCAGCCAGGUGUCCAGGGUGGUGGUUGCCAUAGAGACCUUGGAUGUGAAUGACAAUGCCCCCGAGCUGGACAGACAGUACACAACUGCGCUGUGUGACUCCGCUGCUGUGGGGCAGGUGGUGCAGGUGUUGCGGGCAAUCGAUAAAGACAAAGGAGGAAACGACUCGGUCGUGCACUUCAGCAUCCCUCCGGAGUCCAGUGCUGGCCUCAACUUCUCCAUCAGGGGGAGUGGAGGCCCCACCGCCAGCCUGGUGCUCCUCUCUCCCCUGCCCACCCUCUCUCGCUCGCCCUCCUCCUCCCUCUCCCUGCAGGUGCCAUUGGUUCUGAAGGACAGCAUGUCGGGCCUUACCAGCACGGGGACAGUCACCGUGUCUGUCUGUCCCUGCCUGAGGGGCGGGGCACGGGCCGAAGAGAAGGAAGGACAGACAGAGGAGGAGUGGGAAAGAGAGACGGUGUGCCUCCCCCUGCCCUCCUCCUCCCCCUCUCCAGGGCUCAGCACUGCCGCCCUGCUGGCCAUCCUGUCUUGUGUCGCUACACUGCUGGCGGUCAGUGCCCUCUCCCUCUCGCUGCGCAGACAGAAGCGAGACUCUCUCUCCCCCUUAGAGGAGGAUGAUGUCAGGGAGAACAUCAUCACCUACGACGACGAGGGCGGGGGUGAGGCCGACACCGCCGCCUUCGACAUCACUGCCCUGCAGAGCGCCCCCCACAGCACACACAGGGGAUACCGCACGCUGGACAGCAGGAACAUACGCUACCCCCAGCAGAGCCAGGAGAGGACCCGCACCUACAGCUGGGCCCAGAACGCAGGGCUGGACCUGCAGCAUUCGGGCCCGGCGCCACUGUACGGCCGGCUCUGCUACAGCAGCCACACCCUGCCGGUGCUGAGACACGCCCACAGCCUGGGCGUGGCCGAGCUGGCGUACCGCUUCCCCGGCCCAGCGGAGCCCGGAGCGUGCGGGGCGGAGUCAGAGCUGCAGGGUGCUGUCGGGGGCGCUGACGGAGGAUCCACACGGACCCCCGACUCCAAGGAGAGAGAUGGAGCCAACAACCCCCUCUCUGAGGCCCAGCAGAACCAGAGCCAGCAUCGGAACUGGGUCCAGCCUGAGACUCUCCACACAGACGAGGCGCUGGUUCUGACCCGGCCAACGAGCACUCCGCACAGCUGGGCGCGGGAGUCGGCCACGCUGCCCUCCGGGGGACGGCAAGGCUCGCGGACGGGGCUGUCCCCAGCACGAAUCAGCACUGGGCUGUCCGUUCCGUCCCUCCCCGGGAGUGCCGACCCCCCCGGCACAACCGCGACUGCCGGUGUCGAAGUCAACAGUGGCGGCGAGAGCCAGCCUGGUGUCAGCUUCUGCCACGGCUACCCCGGCGGCCUGCAGGGGGAGCUGCAGAGCGCUCUGGAUGGGACCGUGGGCCAGGGCCGGCUGGAGACGGUCGGCAACCUGGUGGCACCGAGGCCCGACAGGGAGGGAGUGAUAUCCCUGACCGGGACUACUUGCAGCCUCUACCCCGAGGGAGCGGGGUUUAUGGCGGACUGGGGGGACAGGGUGGGCCUGGGGGGGUACGGGCAGGGGAGGAGGGAUAUGGCCCCUCAGCUGCUACCCUUCCCGGGGACGAGUAGGGGCGUGCUGGGGCAUCUGGGGCCCAGAGGGGGCUGGGGGGGCGGCGGAGGGGGGAACUCCCUGGCUGUGAGGGUGGGCGAGUUCCUGAGGCUGCGUCUGGCCCAGGUGACCUUCGACCCCUCCCUGCCGCCGUACGACUCAGUGCAGAUCUAUGGGUUUGAGGGGGAGGGGUCGCGGGCAGGGUCGCUGAGCUCGCUGGAGAAGGAAAGCUGGUCCGAUUGA